GUAAUCGAAGUUCUGAGAACGAAGAUAGCUAUGAGGCUGAUUUUCAUAUGUAUAAUCUUAUUCUUCAAUUACUGCUUCUUGUUUUGUGCAGCUUUUUCUUCUGACGCCAUAACCAUUGGCAAACCCUUUAGCGAUAAUGGAGAGCUUGUCAUUUCUAAAGGAAGAAAAUUUGCUCUUGGCUUCUUCUCUCCAGGCAAAUCUGCCUUUCGCUUUGUUGGAAUCUGGUACUAUAACUUGCCAAAGCAAACUGUUGUUUGGGUUGCCAAUAGAGAUAAUCCCAUAAAUGACUCUUCUGGAGUUCUCUUCCUCAACCCAAAUAAUGGAAAUCUCGUCCUCCGCCAGAACUCUACCAACUUGCCCAUUUGGUCCUCGAAUGUUUCUGUCCCUGUUCCAAGUAAUACAGUUAUGGCUCAGCUCACUGAUUUAGGUAAUCUCGUUCUGAUUCAAAAUAAUGACUCCAAAAAUGUGUUGUGGCAAAGCUUUGAUCAUCUCACUGACACCCUUCUUCCAUAUGCCAAACUGGGUUUCAACAAAAGAACUGGUCAGAACUGGUUGUUGCAGUCAUGGAAGACAGAAGAUGAUCCAGGAACAGGAAAUAUCUCAUUCAGGUCCAACACAUCUGGGAAAGAUCAAGUUUUUCUGUACCAUAAAAAAGUUCCAUUGUGGCGAGGUGGGUUCUUCAAUGGCGAAAUAUUUGUGGGUUUGCCAUCUAUGAAAAGAGAACUGUCAUAUGCUUUAAACCUUACUAUCACAGACGAUGAUAAUUCUGCCGGACUCACAUAUCACGCCGUUGAUCCUACCGCCAUCUUUCGGGUCGGAGUUGUUUCAACGGGCUACAUGCAAACACAUAAAUGGGAUCAUGACACAAAUGAUUGGAAGCUAUAUGGGACACACCCAGCAAGCAAUUGUGAAACCUACGGAACUUGUGGAGCCAACAGCAAGUGUGAUUCUUUCAACUAUGCUUACAACAAGUGUUUUUGCCUACCUGGGUUUGAACCUAGUAACCCUAAUGAGUGGUACAUGAACGAUGAAUCAGCUGGUUGUGUGAGGAAGAAAGGACCAUCUUUGUGUGGGAAUAAUGGAGAAGGCUUCAUUAAAGUAGAUGGUGUGAAGAUUCCAGAUACUUCGAUAGCCAAUUUUCAGCAGGGUUUGAGAAUGGAGGAUUGUGAGCAAGAGUGCUUGAGAAAUUGUACUUGUAAUGGCUAUGCAGCUUCAGAUGUGAGAAAUGGCGGAAGUGGGUGCUUGACUUGGCAUGGAGAUUUGCUGGACACAACGGUAUUAAGUGAAGAAGGCCAUGAUUUAUAUGUUCGUGUUGAUGCUGUUGAACUUGGUGGUGAAAUAACUGAAGAACAAAUGAAAAUAGAUUCUCCAAUAGAAGAGCAGUACCAUGAUGAAAAUAGAGCACAACCAAGCUUACCAUGUUUCAGCAUUAAAACCAUAAUGGUUGCAACAAAUAAAUUCUCCAAUGAGAACCGAUUGGGGCAAGGUGGAUUUGGUUCUGUGUACAAGGGCUCAUUAUUUAAUGGACAAGAGAUAGCAGUGAAAAGAUUGUCUCAAGGUUCCAGACAAGGAACUCAAGAGUUCAAGAAUGAAAUUAAGGUGAUAGGAAGAUUGCAACACAGGAAUCUUGUAAAGUUGCUUGGUUAUUGCAUUCAUAAGAAAGAAAGGAUGCUGAUAUAUGAAUACCUACCCAACAAAAGCUUGGACUUCUUUCUCUUUGAUAGGGAUAGAAGAUCAUCACUAGAUUGGGAUACACGUUUUCACAUCAUCAUUGGAAUUGCUCGAGGCAUUCUCUAUCUUCAUCAAGAUUCGAGGUUGAAAAUAAUCCAUAGAGAUCUUAAAGCUAGCAAUGUCCUUUUGGACCUCGCAAUGAAUCCCAAAAUUUCAGAUUUUGGAAUGGCUAGAAUAUUUGGAGAGGAUCAAAUCCAAGCAAAUACAAAACGAAUUGUUGGGACAUAUGGCUAUAUGUCUCCAGAAUAUGCAAUGGAAGGACAAUAUUCAACAAAAUCUGAUGUUUUCAGUUUUGGGAUUCUGUUGAUAGAGAUUAUUUGUGGAAAAAGAAACACAGAUCACGAUAAAGAAAGAUCAUCUGUAAAUUUAAUUGGACAUGUGUGGGAGAUGUGGAGAGAAGAAAAAUCCUUGGACAUGGUGGAUCCAAUACUUGGUGAAGCAUAUCCAAUUGACUUAGCCCGAAGAUGUAUACAUAUUGGGCUGUUGUGUGUGCAAGAAAAUGCCUCCUAUAGGCCUUCCAUGUCAGAAGUAAUCUACAUGCUUGGCAAUGAAGUGUCCCUCCCCUCACCUCGAAGACCUGCAUUCCUAUUCAAUUCGAAUGCAGAGCUUUCAGAAUCUUCAACAUCUAAAGAUCCUUCUGUAAACGAAAUUACUGGUACAACAAUCAGUGCUAGAUAA